AUGAGCGACGUCCUUGCCUACCUAAUGGCAGAGGAAAUUUCUUCAUCCCUGAAUGUAGCUGUCAGUAUCCUGAGCAAAGGAAGAGGGGCCGAUUACUGGAAAUCUCAGCCAAAAAAAUUCUGCGAUUACUGCAAGUGCUGGAUAGCAGACAACAGACCUAGCAUUGAGUUUCAUGAAAGAGGAAAGAAUCAUAAAGAAAAUGUGGCAAAAAGAAUUAGUGAGAUUAAAAAGAAAAGCUUGGACAAAGCAAAAGAAGAAGAAAACAUGUCAAAAGAAUUUGCAGCAAUGGAGGAGGCUGCAAUGAAAGCAUAUCAAGAGGAUUUGAAAAGGCUUGGAAUUAAGCCAGAUGAUGUAGGUCCCAGUUCGACACAGAGUAAAACACAGAGUACCACAGUGGAAACUAAAGGAAAGCAAGAAAAGAAAGAAAAGAAAGAGAAGAAGGAAAAGAAGGAAAAGAAAGAAAAGAAGAAAAAGACACCUCAGGACACCUCAAUGCCGCCAAAAAUUGAAACAAAGGAGUGGGUGCAAGGAUUUUCUCCCGAAGGCUAUACAUAUUACUACAACACAAAAACAGGAGAAUCACAGUGGGAGAAACCUAAAGGAUUCCAAGGCAACUCUCAAAACUCACAAACGGCAGCAGAGUGGGUAGAAGGUGUCACUGAAGAUGGUCAUACCUAUUACUAUAACACACAAACAGGAGUAUCCACGUGGGAGAAACCGGAUGGUUUUGUUUCAUCUUCAAAUAAGAGUCAACGUGAGAAGCAUUCUGAAGAGCUUGCAGAAACAGAUUCCAAAGCGUCUGAAUCAGACUCGGAAGAUAGUGAAAAUGAAGCACGGAGUUCAGAAACAAAGUUUAAGAGGAAAGGAGGUAAUGGUGAAGAAUCAGAGGAAGGGAAAAAAUCUCCCAAAGCUAAAAAGUUAAGUCCUUACGGGAAAUGGAGAGAAGUUAAGCCAGAAGAAACUGUUGAUAAAGAGGGGAGUACGUCAGCUUCCCAAGAAACCUCCAGUGAUGCACCUAACAAGACCAACCCGUACGGAAAAUGGAAAGCAAUUAAGGAAGAAGAAGAAGAAGAAGGAGGAGAGGAAGAACCAUGUGAAAAAGUGGACCUGGAGCUUCCUAGUACAGAGAGUGACAAUCUACCACCUCCAGUGCUAGAGGUUCCAGAAGAUGCGACACUGAUAUUUAAAGAGAAGACAGUCACCUCCCUUGGAGACCUGACAGAAGGGGUGCCAACAUUUAAAAAGAGGAAAUUUGAAAAUGGGAAAUCUAGAAACUUAAGACAAAGACUAAGUGAUCAGUAAUACUUAACAAAUAAUUUUAGAUUCUGUUUAAGCUAGAGUGAAUCAAAAGUUUAAUAUUUUAAACAGGCUUUUAUAAAGAAAAUGUUGGAUAGAAAUUAAGGAUUUAUAGGUAUUAAAACAUAUGUGAGUUGUAAUAUUUUUUUAUUUUAUUUUGAUGUGAUUGAUUUUGGAAUGGAAGUUUGUGUUAUAUUACUUAUGCAAUAUUGUAAAUACAUUUGGGUUUUAUUUUAACCAUGCCAUCUAAGUUCAAUUUGCUCUAUGUAUGCUGUUUUAAAUACAUUGUGUAAGGUUUUUUACUCCUUUUCUAAGUACGGGAGAAUGUAGUAAUCCUUAAUCUGGCAAAAAUGAUGCAGACCUUUUAUUUUUACAGAGGAACUGAAUCAAUGGCAUGUACUAGAGAGUAAAAUCAUCCCCCAAGAUUGUUUUAUGUGGAGUAGUUUCCCAACUAAUGAGUAAAAAGAUUGUGCUUACUAACCUUUGGCUAAUCGCUUGCAAAAGAGUAGGUGGUGAGAGUGCCAACAUUUCAAAUAGAUCAUCUGAAAGCUGUUUUUAGAGGAGUUAGUCACAUCAGUGCCACUCAUUUCAAAUAAUGUUCUGAAAGAAAUUAUUUGUGUACAUGCAUGAUAAAUGUAGUAAACCUCUGCAGAAGAUUUAAACCUGUUGAAUCUUAACUUUUAGUAACAGCAUCAGAGCCACCCCCUGUAGGACUAGAUAUUUCUGUGGUGUCUUCCUGUUGUAUUUUGCUUUACUAUUGUCUCUACUUGAAUUCUGCUUCCUUUUUACACAUCAAGUUUUCUU